AUGGUAACAUUACUGUCAACAGUCGUAGAGGAUGGUUUUGAGAGGAGCAUAUUUAUGCUUUUGGAGUAUUUGUUAUCUACAACUAGUAUCAUAUUUUGCGGACGACUUGGACAACCCGAGAUGGCGGCGGCAGGGAUGGCUCAAUCGAUAAUAUCGAUUUUCUGCUUUAUGCCUGGUUAUGGUAUGGUCACAGUGUGUAAUACGUACUUUUCGUCGGGAGCUGGAUCUAAAGACGAAUACAAGCAAGGAGUCAUCCUCCAGAAAGCGUUAAUUCUCUCCGGUCUUGUGACGUUGUUUUGCUGGCCUAUUCUUAUCAACACUGACGGUAUGCUACGUUUGUUUCAACAGGAUCCAGAGAUUACAAUAACAGUUGUUGCAUCAAUUGCAAAUAUUGUUCCUAUAUUAGUCAUUUUUGAGAUAAGUGACCUGACAAGCAAUGUAGCGAAGGGUGCCUUACAGGGAUGUGGUCGGCAGGGUGCUGGAGCAUUGAUAGCCUUUAUAAGCUACUAUUUCAUUGGUUUGCCGGUGUGUGUUUACCUGGUUAUGUUUCGCAGAAUGAAAGCCAUGGGUAUGUGGAUUGGUCUGUGCCUUGGGAAUGGAUCGCAGGCUAUAUGCCUUUUCACUUACACGCUCACUAUCGACUGGGACAGGGAAGCUACUUUGAGUCAGGAAAGACUGAGCAUUAUCAAAUCAGAAGCUCUUGACGGAAACCUUAAUGAACUUAAAUCAAAAGAAGAUAUGUUUUUGGAAAUGGAAACAGGAAGAGAAAUUUCGGAAAAAGUGCCUCUGGUUCAAGAAUCCGGCAAAGGCUUCGAAUUAAGUCGUGCAACGAUUUAUAUUCGUGUAAUCAAUUUCGCGAUGGCUGGUAUUGCCCUUCUAGUCGGUAUUGCUAUCUUCUUCACAUCAUAUUGAAGUAGGCCUACACACCUUGAAUGUUAGGAAAUCUAAAGCAUAUUCAUUAUGUUGGAUCUGGAGGGAGAAAACAGCUACUAUUUACAAAAUGAUUUUAGACUUAGGAUAAGCACGACAUAUUUUGCAUAUCAUAUUUAUUACCACAAAUAUACAAAGAUACAAAAAUGAAAUAAUAAUUGGAAGAUGAAGAGACAAUGUAAGUUAUAUUGUCAAUGAAAGUGGACUUUUAUCAAUAUGAAAUUAGUAGGUUUGUUGGUUUCUCAACCAUAUUCCAUCUCUGGAUGUUUCCCGAGUGUCAGUCAAGCCAAAAAAAGAAAAGAAGAACAAGGGCCAGAGUACGUGCAUGCCCACACAAUAUAUUAUGUACGUUUAUGUCUAGCAACAAUAUCCAGGAGCGGGGCUUAGUAGACUGGUUUAUUGCUGUCCUUCGAUAUAUGUAUGUUCUCGAUUGUCUAUUUUGGUACAGUUUAAUUUCUUAAUUAUUAUUCAUUUUUUAUAAAUUGUUUUAAUAAUGUUAAUUAUUACCAUUAUUUUGCAAUUAUCUUAGAACAUAACGAUUUUUAAAGAGAUUACUCAAAAUAUACAUUUCACUACCAUACGAUAUAUUUUAUUUUAAUUUAUUGACAGAAUACUCUAUAUAAUAUAUUUUUAUAUUCAUGAGGUAGGCCUAUAUUUUUUUUUUUGUUUAUUUGAAAUUAUUUUUUCAUGUCUGUUCUCUAGUUGGUGGAAUUACAUGACUUCCUCCAUUUUGCUUAGUAUAUCUAUUUCAGC